CACUGUACCUCUUAUCAUUAACACGUUAUGGUUUAUCUUUCCCCCCAGUUUAUGUGUAUUUAUUCAGAUAUGUACAUACAAUCAAUAUUGAAAAUACAGUAGUUACUUUAUGUCGAACAAUAAUUGGUUUUUUUUGCACUUAUAACUUGUUUGGUUGGUGCUUGUGCUUUUAUUAGAGUUUACACAAAAUUAUUCUUGGACUUUCUUGGAAAACUUGAUUAUUAAGAAGAAAUCAUCCAACGGCCAGCGUUAUGUCUUAGGACCGUUAGAAGGAGACUGGUCAGUUUACGGAUAUCGUGUAGUUUAUUUCCAUUGAAAUAUGAUAAACGUUAUGUAUUGGUCCAUUUGUAUUUUGUGUGUUGUUGGUGGAUAUCGGAGUUUGGUACUGGACGAAGAAGGUGGAUUGGUCGGGGAGGUCCAUUUGCAUGUCCACCACGUUCCUCUGAAUUAAAUACAAUGGAUUCGUUUUUUGAGGAUAUCUUAAAAGCUUGACAUAUACAACACCUGUAAAUAUAAGAAACGAAAUGAUCGAUAGAAUAAUUUCCAUUGCGACGCUACAAGGCAGAAUUUUGGAAUUUUUUUCCUUAUAUAUGUCCAAUGAUUAUCCUUUCAACGCACCCCAAUACCACACAAAAACUUUGAGGGUAAAAAACGGAACUCCUUUGAGAUUAAAAUGUCAUCAGGAUAAAGCUAAAUGGUAUUUUAAACCAUGUGAUUCGAAUUUCUAUGGAAUAGUAUGUAAUGAAAAAAACCGUCACUGGAGGAGGUUGGAAAACGUAACACGAGGAAGAAUACACUUUGAAGCUGCAAAUAAAGAACACAAUGGUAUAUAUAGAUGUUCGCAAAAUAAUGUCCCUGUGAAAAUAUUUAUUGUUGAUGUUUUUGAUCCUGGUUAUAGCGGUUCACCACCUCAAGUUUAUCCUUUAAAAAUCUCAAACAUAACAGGACCCAUAAAUAUGGAAUUUACAAUCCAAUGCAAAGUUAACAGUGAAGUUCCUCCCACAAUAAUCUGGUUUAAAAGUUGUUAUGGACAAAAAUGCGAUUUUAAAUAUUAUCAAACAUGUUAUUGCCAUAUUAAUACAUCCAUAUCGAAUUACAACACAGGAAGUACCUACCUCAGCAAAUAUCUCAUUUUUAAUGCUAGAGAUGUGGAUAGCGGAACCUAUGUGUGUUUAGCUGUUACUCAAUUCGGAAAAGACGAUCAAAACGUUACUAUAAGUGUUCCAUAUACAAAGUCCGAUAAUGAUUUUUAUUCGUUGCUGUUUCUAAUACCCUUUGGAUUUCUAUUAGUACCUUUACUUGUGUGGUGGUGUUACUUUAGGAAAAAGAAAAAAUCUGUUGUGAUAGUUGUAGAUCAACAAAAGCAACUUAUAAGAGCCCAAUGUCAACCCAAUUUAGGUUAAUUUUAAAAAGGGAAGUCAUUUGUUUUACGAAUUGAAACAUUUCAAUACAACAUUCAAAAUUAAAAUAAACGCAAUAUCUACACCGUUCCUAAUAAUAAUUCAAAAUAAAAUAUGAGGCGGAAAAUAUGUGUAGAUGUAGGCAUGCCGGUGAGUAUUAUAUGAAGUGGAUAGAUAUUUUGUUAACCUACUAAAGAAUUUUUCUUUGAAAAACGCACGUGUAUUGUCUAUCAACAUUAAUCCAAACACGACUAGCUAGUAGCACUCGGGAAAUAUUGGGACAUGAGCACCAAAAGUUAUUCUUCAUCGACCAAUGGGUCUAUGACUCAAUAAAAGAAACCAUUCAUUAAUAGCACUAAAAGAACAAGGUAUAGAUACAAAACAGCAAAGAUUAAUCAUGAUGACUAUGAGGUUCAUACUUCAAGGAGAAUCUGAUGAUUUUGUGAUUAACAAAGGAGUAAGGUAAGGCGACUCGCUAUCGGCAAUACUAUUCAACUUAGAAUUAGAAUACAUAAAGAAAGUUCGUAAAGGGAAUUUAAGGUCAAGUGGUAGACAAACCAAAAGAAGAUCUAUAAUGUUAAACGAGAUAUUUACAGAGAGAGAACAGAUGGGUUUGAAAAUCAAUGGAAACAAAACAAUAAUAUUGAUAUUUGGAAUCCAAUGUGAAGAGGAAACGGUGAAAUGAAUGAAUUUAUGGCAGUAGAAAAGUUAAGUACCUCGGCGUUAUGGUCAAUAAUAAAGGAGACAGGACUGGUGAGAUUCAAGAAAAAACAAUUAAAAUAGAACCUUGCUUGCUAAUAUUAUUAAAAAGUAAACUGAUCACUAAACGAACGAAGAUCAAUGUACGAACUGAGAAAUGAUUGUCGAAUUCAAGGGGUAGAUAUUUGGAAACAAUCAAAAUUCAACAAGUGCUUGGGACAUAUUUGGAGAGAAGAACCAAAAACCAUUGCAUACAAUAUGAUUUCGAUGGUUGAAAAACACCUAAGUAGAGUAGGAGUUAGAAACUGGUACAAAAAAAACAGGAAAUAGAAAGUUGUGGCGAGAAAUAGGCGAGAAGGUGUAGAUAUGGAGACUGAUCCAACCUAAGAAGAAAAUCUAGAGAGUAAUUUUGCGGUGCAGGCCCAUUAGGGGAGUUAAGCCAUUAUUGUUAAGAGGCAUCGUCUUCUUAGAUAAAAAUCGCGAGAAAAAUGAGUGCGACGUUAUAAAUUGCUUGAUAUGGAAUUAAAUAUAAAAAUCGAAUACAAUCGUUUAUGUUUAGCGAAUACACUUUUCUUUUUGGUAAUAUAUCUGAUAGGGUGUUCGAAAUAUAUAAGCGUUUUUUCUCAAAACUAUAAACCUUGAAAAGUUUCUUGUUGAUAAAACUGACUUUUUACAUGUCAGAUUUGUGAUUAAAAAUAAAUUUCUGCUUGAAAAUAACAAUUUCCAAGCAAAAUUAUAAUAAAUUUUAAUAAAUUUGCGAGAAAAUAUAUACAGUAAGUUGCUUCAAAACAAUUUUAUUUUCUCAAAUGUUUCUAUUUGAUCCUCAUACAACAUGAGUACAUGUAAGUAAAUUAGUUGCCAGUAUUUGACUUGAAAGGGAAGCAGUGGUAAGUUUUGGGCCAAAUUCUAUGUAUUCUUCUUGUGCGUGUACCGUUAGAGGAUUGUUCUUCUAUUAGCUCUUUGUCAUAGUUUGCUGAUUGAUGUUACGGCCAUGUUGGGAAUGUUUAAAACAGUGUGGAGGGUAUAAUUACUGACAUACCACGAAGCAUCCGCUAUGUUUCUUAGUGUUUUGGAUUGAAACCUUUGUAUAAUGUUGUUCGCAAUAAUGCAUGUUGUUAAGUCUGAUAAAUUUAUAGGGUGGAAAAUAUUUAUAGUUAUCCAUUUUCAUAGUUAUUAGACUACCAACUUAGAGGUAAAGUUGAUUCAGAUAUGCCUUUCAUCGCUCUUGAUUUUUUGGAGUAAUAAACUAAUAGUGGUUUUAAUUUGAAAUCUCUUUUUGCGUAGAAGUGUUAAGUGAUCUCUUACAGCUUUAGAUCCUGGUGCUCCUUUCUCUUCACGGGAUAGAAAUGCGUCACCAAACAAGAAACACAACUAUACUGUUUCGGGCAUAUUUGGAAACCUAGCGCUGUGAACAAUUUCGGGGAAUCCCCAGGUUAAAAUAAAAUAGUGCUAAAGAGAACGCUCCAAGCGGGGUCUUAUUGUACUAAAAUCUCUUUGAACUAAUGUAACUAGAUCAGUCUCUUUCAUGUUAAAUAUUAUUUCUCCGGUGACAUCACUUUUUUGUUGCUUGAGGGACUAGUACCGGUUUUUUUUCUUCAACAUCAUUUUAUAGAGGGCGCCAAAGUUGAGACUGUGAAAAUGAUAGUCUCCCACUGCGCUGAGAUAAUCUCGUAUUUGGUAAAUAUGAAACAAAAAAUUCAAAAUGCUUUUUAGAGGAAGGUGGCUUAUAUCGUAAUUUACCACAUAUGAAUAAAAAAUUGAGAAAAAAUAGCGGCUGUUAAAGAAAUAUGUAGAAUUAACGUUUUUUUCACUUCUUUUCCCAUGGCAAAUUUUCUUUUGGUUGCAAAGAACAAUUCAGCGCAGAGUUUUUUAAAGCUUUGAAGAGCAGCCGUCAAUCGCUCAAAAUUGCUUGUAGAGCAUCUGAAACGCGUGCACGCUCGAACUAUUAUAACUUUAUUAUUCCGGUUUUUUUAUGAAAUUUUAGAUGUUUUUUUGAAAGUAAAACUAUUCAAAAAUAUGGAAAAAUAAUUUUUUUUUUAAUUAUAACCGAUAUCAGUCCCUUAAUAGCGCUUGUCAUUUUCAAUUUAAUGCCUAUGAUUAUUUUUAUAAUAAAAAAGGUGGAGUAAUCAACUAUUCUGACAAAUACCAAAAGUGCAGCUUUAAUUUUUUUUUAGAGAAGUAUUUGCAAUUGGAUUUGUUUGUAUUUUAUAAGGGAUUGCACAAUUUUAAGUCAUUACAAGUUUUUAUUAUCAAAAAUUGUGUAAAUUUUGAGCAAAUUCAAUUUUACAAAAAAAUUCUUGUUAAUUAAAUAGGAAACUAAAAUAAAAAAGCAAUCCCUUACAAUUGGGCUAUAGAGCACAUGUUUUGUGAGGAUUUUUUACUCAAAUAGAAACAUUUGAGGGGAAAUAAGAUUUAAAAAAAAUUUUUUUGAAGCACCCUAAAUAACCUUGUGCACCCUUGUAACUCUCCUGCCAAACACGAACUAGUUAUACUAGAUGUGAUUUUGGGUUCAUCUAACCUAAUUUAUCUUUAUAAAUUACCUAGCCCCUUUUGAAGGUGAUAUUUUUGUUAGUUUUUUUCAGAUAUCUAAAAAAACUGCUAACUAUAACCUUCAAACCUCAUAUAUUGUAGGAACCGGUGUUUUCUAUACUAACAAGCACUUAAGGUGGACAACUUAACAGACUAAUCUUCAGAAGGCGUUACCUGCCUUAUAAGAAACUCUUGGUCUAAGAUAAAUUAGGUAAGACCGGUAAAAAAUCCCACCUAAUAUAUGUAGUUAGUGUUUGGUAAUAAAAUUCUGGAACAACUAUAUAAUUGUUAAUGAACUGUAUACAAUGAUCGUCUGUGAUAAUUUUGAUUUAGAUUAAAUUAUUUGAACAA